AUGUCCGUGAAUAAAUUCAAGAAAUCUCUGGAAAAGCAACGCGGCAUUGACGAUCGUUCGACGAUCGCAUCCCUGCGGGCGUACGUGCGUCGCAGCGCGCUCUGCCUUAAUCCGGACGACUACGACGUCAACAGACAUAAGAUACGCCAUUUGGACACACCGAUUGAUGAUACCGACGCGACAACCAAAGGUUAUGUCGACGAAGCGCUUCGCGUGAGGAGCGAGGAAUCGAAAGUUCUAACGAACGAGCUAGAAGAUAUGAACAAGCGAAUUCGAAAUAUUCUCCUGCAGUAUUACGACAUAAAAACCGAGGUGAACAUUCUGCGGCAUCUCGAGAAGAAGAGCGAAGCCUCGCUCGUCGAUCACGACAAACGAAUAGAGGAGAUGAGAGACACGGUGGAACAAGAGCUCGAAAAACGGGACGAAUCGCGAGAGAGAGAUCUGAGCGAGAUCCGAGGAGUCAUCGAGACGCUCGGUGACACUCAGGAGAAACGAACGCGAAAUCUAAAGGAAUCGCUGCGACAGAUCGAGGAAAGGAGGGAAGCCUUGUUCGUCGAUUUCGAUAAACGAAUAAGAGAAACGAAACAAGCACUCGAUAAACGGAACAAUCAACGAAUUAAAGAUCUGCUCAUGUUUCAACGUGAGUUAGGACGAAUGAAGGAAAAACAAGACAAAGUGCGAACUAGAGACUCGAGCGAGAUUCGAAAGACCGUCGAGACGAUCAGCGACGCUCAGGAGAAAUGA